GACUGCUCUCUCUCGGCGCCGUCGUAUCAAAAACCUCACCGCCGUCGCCAUCAACGCAGUUCUUCAUUUCAGUUGCUAAAUAUUUGUUCCUUAAGGAAACAAAAGACUGAUGGAUUUGACUACACAGGAAUGGCGAACAAGAUUGCAAUGUUUCUCUCGGAGGCAAUGAACAACAAUGUUGUCAUAAACACUUGUCUGGGAGUAUCAUUUGUGGUUUUGGGAUUGAGAUCUGAUAAACAGCAAAAGUAUGUUGAGGCCUUAGCAGAGCAGAAGGAUUCACUCUUCAAGUCUAAUAAGGAAAUGAAAGUCACAAUGUGGGAGUGGAAACAGCAGCUCUUUGCUGAAGCCGCUUCUGCGGGUAAUGCCGCUGUUGUUCCUCUGUCGACGCUUAAGGCCAUCUAUGGCGAAGCCACAACAACCACUCAAUCUGGUGACACAGUCAAGGAAGAGUCUAAAGUGUCUACCCCCAAGAUCAUGAUAUGAGAGGUUGUUAAAUUUUUGGUAGGUUCAUUUCACUUAAAAUGAUUCACUCAGAUAAAGUAAAGAUUAGAACUUAGUCUCAUCGUUUGCAUAAAUUGCAUUUGUAAAACUAGUUUGGCAUCGAGUGUCUGUUGUUGUGAUCCUUGUUGAUCCUCGUAAGUAAACAGUAAAACCAAAGCUCCGAUAAUAAGGAAAGAACCUCUUUUGGGUUUA